GCAUAGUGUAGAGCGCGGAAUAGAGGGGCGUCGGAUGAUAGACACAAGGAGAUAACUUUCGACAAGUCAGGAAUUGCGACAAAGGUGGCUUAUGAGGUAAUGGUAUGAUCAGCGGGCUACUUGCGGUUGGAAUGGUACUUCGACGGGACGGUAGCUGAGGCUAGAGCGAGGGUAUGAGCAUGAACUGGUAAGAAAUGCGGACAAAAUAUGGAAGAGGAGAAUGAGGGGGUGAGAAGAGUGAGAAAGCGCAUUAAAGAGCCAAUGUUGAACCAGGUAAAGGAGUUGGGAAACAAGAUAAGGGAGAACGGUUCAUGCCAGGAUGAGGGCAAGCUGCGUAGGGUCGAGCUAGCGACGAAAGAGUUAGACAGUCURUUCCGGCAAGAUAAAGAGUUAAUCCAGGCGUGGAGAUCAGACUUUCUGGAAAGGGUAAAGGCAAGAAACCUAUCACGCGGAGGAGCUAAGGGAAAGUCCGUAGAGGACGUAACAACAGAGGACAAGGACGGACUGAAUGAUCUAGUAAGGAGGACGGAGAUAGACGCUCGAGGACUCUUGAGGGGUGCUAGUCGGGAGACAUUGGUUAGGCUUGGGACUGCGAUCUGCAGCAGGUGUAGAGAUCCUGUCACGGGUGUAGUGCAGAUCAGGAGAGGCGCGACCUUGUUGGCAGAUCCCGAAGGAGAGGUUUACAUAGACACAGGGAUUCUUGGGAUAGAAGGUGAGGAGUACAAGACAUCGCCCAACCGAGCACUGAGGGAUCUGAAGGAACGAACUAGGCAGGAAGCACCGCUGAGAUGGGUUGACCUAACCAAUGACAGAAAACCCGACGUAAUGGGCGAGCCGGUCGUGACAGAGUCAGAGGAGACUUUGAAGACUGGCACGUCGAGCGCUCGACGAGAAGCGAUGAUACAACGCUCCCCCGAGUGUAAACGGAGGGAAACCAGGGCGGAUAGGCCCAGAGACGACUGGAGAGAGAGUUCACGGGAUUCUUAUUGGAGGGACAGAGAUAGGGAUAUAGUACCGCCCCGGCGUGUCUUUUACCCCYAGACGGGGGAGUCACAUCCGCUCCCUUACGAGAGCAAGGAUCGCUAUAUUAUUACGCACAAGGCCUCUGAGCCUCCAACUUUCAGGGGCUAUGGUAUGACARAAUAUCUGGAGAAGUGGGAGCUUCAUGCUAGUCGGAGUCAGUGGGCGGAGGAAGAGAUUAUAGAGAACUUCUUAUUUAAUGUGGAUCCAAGUCUCGGCAAGGAAGUUAAGGAAGCCCGACCGAAGGAUGGRAAAUGGAUUACGUAUAAGAUGAACCUCAUUGAGCUUUACAAAUUAGAGGAUAACAAGUACUCCAAUAAGGACCUUGAGACUAUGACUCAAGAUGAGGACGAGAGCGUACGGGCAUUUGGGAAGCGAUUCCAGAAGAUCUCUGACGUGCUGAUGAAGAAGGGGAAGAUCUCAGAAAUCGAGAGCUGUGCAAUCUUCAUUGGACACCURUCGAAAGGUAGACAAAAGAGCAUACUUAGAGAUYUCYCGCGCGACAAGCUUGACUUCCCUGAUGUCCUAAAGUUCGCAAUAAAGGCAGAGGCAGACGACUACAAGGACUUGGUAUGGAGGGGAAUGAGGAGACGUGACUUCUCUCUCUAUAAGGAGUAUGCCACUGAUAGUUAUCCUGAUUUCAAUGACUACCCCUGGUCGGAGAAGAAUGAAGCCGUGACCGAGGAAGUGAAGGAGAUAAGGGACAUGGUAAAGGGAUUGACAAGGCAGGUUACAGAGAUUGUGACCAACACAGGAGCCACGACUUACCGGGACAAACCCGGGGGGCCCUAUUCACUUGGCUGGGACCGUAGGAACACUGAUUCCUGGAGGAGUGUCGAGGAUAAAAAUCCUCGAACACUGACUGAUUAUCGUGCGAGGGAAAGGGAGAGAGACAAUGAGUCAUGGCGACGCAUGGAUGAUSAGAUAGACCGGGACCGCAGGGCUCGCGAGACAUAUGGACGAGCUAGAAGACWRGAUGAUUACUCGCGUAGCCCUCAUUAUGAGGCUGAUGGGGGUAGAGGCGACUCUCGAGGCCGGUGGGAGUCAGAUCARGGCCGACGAGASGGAUACAGGGACGGCAGAUAUGAGAGAUCGGACCGAGAUGGAUAUAGGGACGACAGAUAUGAGAGGUCGGAUCGAGAUGGAUAUUGCGGUGGCAGAUAUGAGAGAGGAGAUCGAGACAGAGACCGACGAGAUGACUCGCGUGGACGGUAUGACCGCGGGGGAAUCGCGAGAGAACAGCACGACGAUUCGUGGGGGUGGUACAACCRAGGAGAUCGACGCGAUCAGUCACGCGGGCGAUACGACCAUGGAGACCGCCGGAAUGACUCACGGGGAGGAUAUGAGCAAGGAGGAUCAGGAGGAGAUCGCCGCAAUGAUUCGCGCGGCCGGAAUGAGAGAGGGGGAUAUGGCGCGUCAUCUGAUCCGUAUCCAAAAUCCCCUGACCCCAGAGCAGCAAGGGGUUCGACCUCUAGGAGCGCAGACGACAGGCCACCCACUCCCAGGAACUCUUGCGUCUACUGUAGAGGAGAUGAUCAUAUCAAGAGAGACUGCUCGGAUCUCAAGCGGGCAAUAGAUGAGGGACUUGUCGUGCUUGAUGACCGCAAGGACGUCAAGUGGGCAGAUGAUCUGGGAGACGUAUCAAUGUUCCCUUCGAUGAAGGAGAAUGUAGAAACAAGGAGAGUAAAAGCGAGUAAGGGAAAGGAGCCGGAUAGGAGCCAGAGCAUCAAGAUAACUUUCGAAGGAGAUAUGGCAACCACACCCAUAAGAGUGGCUGCUACCAAGUCGGCGAGGGGGUCUUCAUCGAGGAAGACCGAUACGGAUUACGUGAUGACAGAGAAGGACGGACAACGGAUCGAUGGAGAGGAGGUUAUUCUUUCAUUGCGAAAGCGGGGAGUGAAGAAGUUCUUGAUGAAGAGUUCGCUGGAUGGUAUUGACACGGUCGAGCCACUGAGACGGGCCCUUCGGCAGCCCAUGCAGUGCUCUAUUCUGGAAUAUCCGGCAUCAUCCAAGCCGGCACGUGACGAGUUACAGAUGAUCACGCGGAAGACUCGCAUACCUCUAUCGGAGGAGGUUCAGGUGGCCCCUAAGGCGGAUGCUCCUACUGUAGCAGUAUCAGAGGUGAUAGYGAGAGCAGAUCGCAUGGCGACAGUUCUUCUUGAUGGGAUGGAAGGCGUGCCUCCAGACAAGUUUUACAUACUUGGAAGUGGGACCGUGGAGGCGAUCCUAAACGACGGAGCGGUUCUAGAUGCUGUGAUCGAUAACGACAGUGAGGCUGUCAUUAUAGACGAGGAUCUGACAGAGCAAGUUCGACUGGGACUCGAUAGGUCAUACCUAUUCGAGAUAGAGACGGCUGACGGGAGAAAGCAAUUGAUCACAAGGGUUUGUCACAAGGCAGCCAUAGAGGUCCAAGGGGUACGAGUGACCCUGCCAGUCUUUGCAGUCAAGAACUGCAGCUCUGACCUGCUCUUGGGGCGGACGUGGUUGAGCUAUGUGCAUGCGGUGACGAUAGAGCUACCGGACGGGAGCCAGACACUGUCCAUUAAGAAGCUAGAUGGGGCGCGGGUUAUGAUUGAGACG